AUGGGCAGUGUUCAUAGCCAAGGUAGCGAUACUGAAACUGCAAGUAAGGAAAAUGGUAAUCCAGCUCGAAGAAAUGAUUCUGGAACCUCGGUAGUUUCGAGUAAGUCUACAAUAACUUUUGAGAAGAAGAAAGUACCUCCGCGGGGACGGACGCACAGUGUACAAAGUGUUUUUAGUGGUAUGUCCUUAAAAUCUACUUUGCAGAAUAAUGUAGGAUUAGAAAGUGGUAAUAAUAGCGAGGGUGGAAGUACAAACGGGAUUGGAAUUAAUAAUGUACAUGGGGGAGUUUCAGCAGCCGGUACUGGAGUUAAUGCGUCGCAACUGAUUCAGUCGCCGGGCAUUACAUCUGCCAAUAUAAUACGGCGACGUAAUCCUCGGAAUAGCAAUGUAUCCACAAAGAAUGCAAUAGCGGAGGAUCGUGAGAUUGAUGUUAAGAUUGGCGAGCGGUUGCCAUUUACAGAGUUGCAAUUGAAACAAGGUAGUUCUAGCAACCAGGGGAACACUGGUGGAGGUGGAGGUGCUUCAAAUAGUUCUACGACGACGGUUUCUACGGCAGUUCCCGAGGAUUCUUCUGCUACGCUGCAGAAGCUGGACGGUACUCCCAUCAGUGAUCAUUCCUGCCUUGAGCAGGCCAGAUUCCAAGAGGAUAAACAAGAUGGUCAAAAUUCGCAGGAAUGUGCGGAGGACGAGGAGGAUUUUGUGCAGCAGAAAAUGCUAACAAAAGAUGCUCUUCGGAAGUUAUCGAUGCUACAAGCUGGAAAGGCCGCUUCGCCUGGGCGCAGACCAGGCGCAGGAAAUGAAGGCAUUACUGAUAGCAGCGCAAAUACCGAUACUAUAGGCCCCAAUGAGGAGUUAAACGACGCCCACGAACCCCUAACACACUUACAGUUUGGCGGUAAGCAUGUCAUAUUGGACACUUCACGGAAAAACUCUAUACCCGUAAUUCGGACGCCUUCAUAUGAGGGAAGUGCUGGUUUUCAGUUACCUUCAGCUACGGAUAUGUUGUAUCAGCCGGAAACUUCCAGACAGCCAACCCCGUCACAGAGAGCUUAUCAAAAUGUAAACGGUAAUAACAAUGCAAAUGCUUCCCAUUUUCUACUGCAUCAAGAUGAGACACUUAGAAAGCAGCAGCAGCAGCAACAGCAACAAAAGCAACAACUACAAUUACAACAUUUACAAAAGCAGAAGGAACUUAAUCAACGACAUUUUAAUAAGAAGAAGCCAAUUCGACAAAUCAAUGAACCAAAAAAGCCAUUGUAUAAGCCCGCAGUGUUGCGAGACAUUUCGGAGACAAAUAUAGGUUGGAAUCGGUCUAAAUCACAUUCGCCGGCUCCUAACACUGAUGUCACCCAAGUGAAUAACACCUUUCAGAGAACUAACCAUUCGACAUAUGCAUCAAGCACCCAUUCGGUUACCUCUUCUUUCUUGUCAGAGUACAGGAGGAAAUUUGAUCUGUGGUUUGGUCAUGGUAGUGGCGACAAGAGAUCUGGCCAGACCGCGCAGGUAGUACAUUUGGUUCCACCAACGAGGAAACAUUGGGUUUCAGACAAUAAGAGACAAUCGUGUAAAUACUGUCACAAGUUGUUCACUUUUUGGGAACGAAAGCACCAUUGCAGACACUGUGGUGAUAUAUUUUGCCAACAACAUGUACGACAUUGGUUAUACUUAAAUCCAGAUGCAAAUUUCCUUAUAGGUGGUGGUGGUUUGGGCAUGCUAUCAAAAAUAUGCGAUACCUGUUUGGAAGAAUACGAAAAACUUGUCAGGGAUGGUCCUAAUUCAAGCAAUAUUAGUGGCGGAAACACGGAUCAAUCUGACGCAAUUAAUACUUCUCCUACUUUUGGAACAAAUAAAAAGGCAGUAUCUGCCAGGGCUCCUGGAGCAACCAUUGAUAGCGCGCUGGAAGGCGAUGAUAAAGCUGGCGACACAUCAGGAAGGCAACUACUAGACACUUUUGUAGGGAGUGUUCCCGCAGAUUGGUCUUGGAGCAGUUUUUAA